AGUGAAUGACGAUGCAAGUCACUGACGAACCGUGUACAGUAAAGAUGAAUACUUGGUGGGGUUCAUCAAAUUCGAUCUAGAGGACAAUCAUCCGUCGCACAUCUAACUUAUCUAUUAUCAGCCUACUGUAGAGAUCAACGAGCAAUAUCAACGGCUACACAACACUAACUGAGACACAUACUAACUUAACACGCAAAAUACAAACAAUACUUAAGAUAAGAGUGCGAACGGAGACGGUAUGAGUGAUCUCCAAAAGUCUUUCGCCAAGUCACGGCUUGCCCGCCUGCCGCCCGAGCCCCCGCCAAUAUUCGAUGAAGCCCAGGAGGAUGCUCUGGCAUCGCAUCAGCAGCAUGAGGGAGGACAUGAGGAUGAUUCUUCUUCCGCUUCGUCUGCUUCCUCAACAGGAACGGUCGUUCCGUCUCCAAGCCAGCAUCUUUUUGCACGAGGAAGAGGAUCAUCGUCCAAGCAAGACGCUGCAUUAAACUGGACAGACUACUUCGCUCAGGAACUGUACCUGGAAGAAGACGAGAAAGACCUACACAUUUCCCACCACGUCUAUAUCACACCACCGACAAAAUCAGGUCCACUCUUCGUCUUGCACCACGGCGCAGGCUCUUCGGCUCUCUCAUUCGCCGUCUGUGUAGAGGAGAUCAGAAAGAUCCUACCUGACGUCGGGAUCCUCGCACCGGAUGCCCGAUGGCAUGGAAGCACGACGGUGACUCGAAAGACUGAACAACAAGAUUCAGUAAACAGCGAUGUCGAAGUCGAUCUUCGUCUGGACACCCUGAGCCGCGAUCUGGUAUUCGUUGUGCAAGAAACGCAGAAAAAGAUGGGCUGGGAUACGCUUCCGGACCUGGUCCUCAUUGGACAUAGUCUUGGCGGCGCAGUCGUUGUUGAUGCUGCGAAGAAAGGUGAUCUGGGAGCGAAACUAUUAGCUUAUGCGGUCUUGGAUGUGGUCGAAGGUUCUGCAAUGGACGCUCUACAGAGCAUGGAGAAGUAUCUCAUGACAAGACCGACUCGAUUCCCCUCCCUCUCAUCAGGAAUCGAAUGGCAUAUCCGCUCGCGCACACUCCGCAACAGAACAUCCGCACGCGCUUCCGUCCCCUCUCUCCUCCGAGAAGAAGAGAACCCCUCAGACCCAUCCCGUCCCUGGGUCUGGCGAACAGACCUCGCCGUCACCAAACCCCUCUGGGAGAACUGGUUCGUCGGAAUGAGCAAGAAGUUCCUCGAAGCCAAGGGCGGCAAGCUCCUUCUCCUAGCCGGGACCGAUCGACUCGACAAGGAGUUAAUGAUCGGGCAGAUGCAAGGAAAAUACCAACUCCAAGUCCUCCCUGACGCCGGCCACUUCAUCCAAGAAGACCAACCCACCAAAACCGCUCAGAUCCUAGUAGAUUUCUAUAAACGCAACGAUCGAAGCGCCCUCGUUCUUCCACCAAAGGUUGGAGAUAUGUUAGCUUCAGCAGCUAUGGCGAAGGGCACGGGGGAUGCCGCUGCUGGGGUGCUAAAGAGACCGUUUCCGUAGGAUGAUGGGAUUUGUUUGUUUGUCUGGCUUUUUGCUAGCUUCAAUAUGGGAUGUUGUCGUUAUUUGAUGAAAAGGGGUGGGUUCUGGUAUUGCUUAGUUCUCUGCGUGAGGAGGUUCAGGCAGCGGUCUAUGCUCUUAUAUACAUAUGGGUAGAAGCUCACGACAUUGUGGGCAAAUCUCAUAUUUCUC